AGAGGAGAGGAGAGGAGAGGAGAGGAGAGGAGAGGAGAGGAGAGGAGAGGAGAGGAGAGGAGAGGCCGUAUUAAAGUGUCUGGAUAUCCUGAUUGACCAGCCCACUGAAGAACUAGAAAGCCAAACCCACUGGUGUGAAGAAAGAGAUAGCCUAUAUAAAUAGUCUCAGGUAACAUAAAGCAGGAGCAGCUAUGUCUCAUGGAUGGGGAUACGGACCAGCUAACGGACCUGACAAGUGGGCAGAAAAUUUUCCUGUAGCCAAUGGGCCCAGACAGUCUCCCAUCAAUAUUGUCCCCAAGGAAGCCCAGUAUGACUCUUCUCUGAAGCCUCUGAAAUUAAAGUAUGACCCCUCCAAUGCCAAAGGCAUUCUCAACAACGGACACUCCUUUCAGGUGGACUAUGUGGAUGACACAGACAGCUCCACCUUAACUGGAGGCCCUAUUUCUGGAACUUACCGUCUGAAGCAGUUUCAUUUCCACUGGGGAGGCAGUGACGACCAAGGCUCGGAGCACACUGUCAAUGGCAUCAAGUUCCCCUGUGAGCUUCACCUGGUGCACUGGAACACUAAGUAUCCCAGCUUUGGAGAGGCAGCCGACAAGCCUGAUGGUCUCGCCGUAGUUGGGGUUUUUCUCAAGAUUGGUGCUGCCAACCCUCGGCUUCAGAAAGUUCUGGAUGCAUUAGAUGCCAUUAAGACAAAGGGAAAGCAGACCACCUUUUCUAACUUUGAUGCAAAGACUCUUCUUCCUGGUUCUCUGGAUUAUUGGACAUAUGAUGGCUCUUUGACGACUCCACCACUCCUGGAGAGUGUGACCUGGAUUGUUUUAAAGGAUCCAAUCAGUGUCAGCCCUACACAGGUUCUCACAUAUCUACUCACUUCACCCUCGUUCAAACACUAUUUCCAAGACAGAGCAAAAGUAUCUGACAUAUGGGGCAACUUGAUUGAUAUGGAAAAGUUCCGCGGCCUCCUCUUCUCUGGAGAAGGAGAAGCUCCAUGCUGCAUGGUAAACAACUACAGGCCUCCUCAAGAUCUCAAAGGCCGAAAGGUCCGCGCCUCCUUCAAAUAAACCCUCACCUUCUUCCCUCAUCUCAUUAUCUCUCCUUUCUUAUUCUCAUUUCAAUAGUUUUCUGCUUGUAAUCUUUACUUAUCUUAUUUUAGCCUUAAUGAUGUAAACUUGGAAAUUGUAACAGCUAUUUGCAAUGAGAUGAGAACUCUGGUGCCUUAUCACCUGUUUUGUCACAUCUGUAACAUGCUCUGCAUCCUUUUUUAAGCAACUUCUAAGUGCAACUUAUAAUCUUUAAUAUUUUCUUUGUGAUAGUGAGACAGUUUGUGCCAAGGUAUUUAAUCCAAUAAUCUUUGAAAACUAUAGUGACUUUCUCUCUUAGAUCUCUUAGUCAGAUCAGUUGUUCUAGAGUGUGUCUUGAUAUAUUUUUUUAUAUAAAAGAACCUACCACUGAACUACCUGCCACCUAAGUGCAUUAAUAUUCAGAGCUUGUGACUGUGUGUCACUUGUCAGGGUAAUUACUGAUAAACUGGCCAGUUUGCAUGUUGUUUGUCUUUCUGUGACCUGCAGUGUACCCUGCCUUUUGCCCAGUGACAGCAGGGACAGGCCUCAGCCCUUACAUGGCCAUCUAGAGAUAAUGGAUAAAUGAUGAAUGGACACCAUUUAUUGACAUGAUUAUACACACUAUUAAAGCAUGGAAACUGAAAAAUGGGACUUUUUAUUUAUCAUAUAGAGUGUUAGGUUUUACUGGGUGUAGUUCUACUGAAACUAAAUUCCUCUUUAAAGUGUGCCACUUGAAACACUUUGUGUGAAUCUGUCAUAUUAUGAAUAAAAAGCAUCAAUAAAAACUCAA